GAGCUUGUUUGUAAUACCGAACCAAUCGCUAUGCGAUUUACAAUAAACUGCGUGCACGAUGUGUGAAAAUAAAAACAAAACGUAUAAGUUGGUAAGAGAAUAAUAAAUUAAGAUGAAACUGAAAAAGAAAUUAUAUCUUUUAAUUGGGCCUAAUGUGAGAAAAUGUGCAGAACAAGAGACGGGAAGUUAUAAACAAAAUAACAAACAAAUAAGUAUAUAAAUAAAUAAAAGAAAGUAAUAAAAAACUGUUAAGAAUGAAAAGAAAGCGUCCAGUUUAAUCUGCUACACGUUUUUUCAUACACAAGUCUUACAAACGAAACUGAAGUAAAAAAAGAUUAUAAUCGCAUAUUUAACAUAAUUAGUAGGCCGUAUUAAAUUAAAUGCGGAGAAAAUGAUAUCAAGCGAAUAUUUUUAAGCACGGACAGCAAAACAAAAUGUGCGAACAUGAAAACGUGGCGUACCGUUGAGCGGUGCCAAGAUGGCAUAAUAAACGUGUUCUUAAAAAAAUCGCAUGGGUAUAAAACUUUAAAAUUGGUGAUAUGUUUUAAAUAGCGCCUUUAAAGCAAAGAGAAAAGCUUCGAUCUAUGAUGGAAGGGUUCACGUUUAAGCCAUAUUUAUUUGUUAUUGUUACUUAUUUAUUUACUUAUAUUACUUUUUAUAUUUCUUUAUUAAUAUUUCUAUAUUUCAAGGAGAAUUGUCGCGUUCGAUGGCGUUCGGUUAUUGUAAUUCUUCAUUUUAAUGUUAAAUUACCGUCCGCGUCACUAUCAAUGUUACCCUUUUAGUCAGGAAACGGACUGGUUUAACGUAUGCUAGUGUGUGAUAAAGUUUUAAAUAUCUUUGUAGCUAGUUCAGUAUCUGCAGUCUAAUAUAUCCAAUGGAAACAUCAACUUUAGUCCAUCAAAACUCACUAGAGAGGUCCGAUUUCUCCAUGGAUUCGAUCCUAAUGAACAAUAACAAACGCAAGAAAUUGAUAACUGCUGAAGAAGAGAUGUGUGCAACAGAGAUGCUGACAAAGCACCCAAUGGCGUUGAUGCAUGGUGGUUUGGCGAAUGUGAAAGUUGCAGAUGACGAAGAAGCUAAGAAGAUACGGGUACAUUUAGACGAUGCCGAAUUGUGGCGGAGCUUUCAUCGAUUGACGAAUGAAAUGAUCGUCACGAAAAACGGGAGGAGAAUGUUUCCUGUCUUAAAAAUAUCAGUGGAAGGAUUGGACCCGAAUUCAAUGUAUUCAAUUAUGAUCGAUUUUCUGCCAGUGGAUAGCCAUCGCUGGAAAUUUGUAAAUGGUGAAUGGUCAAGGGGAGGGAAACCCGAACCAAUCACUAACAGUCGACUCUAUGUUCAUCCUGAUUCGCCAAAUUUUGGGACACACUGGAUGAAGAAUUCAAUUGUGUUUUCAAAAAUAAAAUUGACGAACAAGGAAAGCACAAGUAACCAAGUGGUGAUGUUGAAUUCGCUGCACAAAUACGAGCCCAGGAUUCACGUGCUACGUGUGGGAGGGAAAGAAUCGGAGAAAACAGUCUCCACUCAUUCGUUUAGAGAAACUGUUUUCAUUGCAGUAACUGCCUACCAAAACGAGGAGAUAACUUCCUUAAAAAUUAAAUACAACCCAUUUGCGAAAGCAUUUUUGGAUGCAAAAGAAAGAACGGAACAUCCUUAUCUUUCUAAAAGAAACGACACAACUUAUCCGCUACCUUGUCGCUGUUGCAGUGCAUAUCCUCCGUACUCUCGAUUACCCAGCUCUUCUGAAUAUAACCAUAAUAUGCAUUACUCACCACUAGAACCUGGAUUUCACCUCAGGUCAUCGAGAACAUCUCCAUAUUAUAUUUCGUCACCCCGCGGCUACUACAUGUCCAGUCAAAUGCAUCGGACGCCGUACUUUUCACACCAAAAUGCAUCACCGCCACCUUUACCACACCAUUGUGCGGCGCCACUAAACACACAUUCUCGUCACUCACAUUUAGAUCGAGCUCCGUAUUGCAGCAUACCAAACUGUGCAUGUUCUUUAACAAGCAUCUAUGCUGCGUCGCGAUACGAAGACAGCAGCAGAACGAGGAAUAAUAACAGACUAAGUCCUACAAACACGGGCACUUCCACGCCAAGUCCAUCUUGUGAGUUUGCACAGGACAAUGACAGAAGUCAGAAAGAGCAUUAAAGAAGGAUAAGAGUGAUUUCAUAUGUCAAUUUUAUUUGUGAUUGUUCGAUCAAAAUAAGCUAAAAAAAACAUGGAAUAUAUACUUCUUUCCAUUUUUAUGUAAAAUGAGUGUUUAUUAACCCUAACACGAACGAACACGUGUAUAUACGGGCGAAGAUCGGGCAAGCACAGCCAAUUAGACCGCGUUUUUAAAAGUAUGUUAUGAGGAUGAAGUGGGAUACCAAACUGUACCAGACACGAAACAUUCAGGUUCUUUACUCGCCACCAAUGGCAACUCAAAUUUUAGAAAGCUAACUAUUUUUAGUCCAAAAACAGGGUCUUUGUUAAAAACAGAUGCGCAUACUUAGGAUUAAUGAACGUGACUAGAUAUUGUUCGUUUGUCGUCAACAAUAUUAUUUUGUUCUUACUUUGUGAUGUAGUAUCUAUUUAUAUCUGUGAAUAAAAUAAUAAUAUCUAUAUAUUCAGUAAAAUAUAAAACUGAUGAAAUAAACAAAA